AUGGUAUCAACGCGAAAGCUAGCUGAGAUUUCAGCUCCGUCUACAUGUAACUGCCUUCUUCCAGGCAGCUGCGCGGCAGAUGGGAGUCAGUUCGACUUGGUGGCUGGUUGCUAUGAGCUUUUAAAGGAGUCUGGGACAUCUACUAAUGGAGAACGAUACCAUGGCUGCGUUCAUGGUUAUGUGUGUGAAAUCAUCGAAAGAGAAAGGUGUUCGCUGCGCGAGGUGACCUCUGCCCUGGGGUCUGCUGAGCCUGCCAAUCUCCCGGGUAUAUUCGACCUCACAGGCUGUAGUGAUGAACAACACUUGAUGGCAAGCUGCACAGACGGUGCUGUGCGUCUCUUGAGGUCUCGAGCAGGAUUCGUUGAGGAGUCCGUCUUCCCUGUGCACGACACCAUGUUGACAAGCUGCAGCCCUUUUUACCUCUCUGGCGGCAGUGCGGGGAGCGAGGCCAAGUGGCUCUGCACCGCCCAUCAGGGGGCAGUUAUCGUCUACGAUGCAGUCACCAAGACAGCCGUCAGCAAGAUCAGUGGCCAUGACUACGAUGCGUGGUGCUCUGCUACUACUAGUGCGGAAUCCGCUCUCUCAGGUGGGGAUGAUGGCAUGCUGAAGUGGUGGGAUGUGCGACGUGGUAGCAACGCCGUAGGGAGAAUGCAAUUCGACGCCGGAGUGGUGUGUAUUGCUCCCAUUGCAGAGGAUGGGACUGUCACAAUGCAUGCACUUGUUGGCUCAUAUGAUGAAAAGUUAUACCUCAUAGACGCCCGAUUCACAAAGCAGCCACUUGCCUCAGUUGCUCUGGGCGGUGGUGUGUGGCGUUGUUCGCGGCAGUUGUCUGUUGGGGGUUUGUCCACAGAGGCUGCCACAGCGAUGCAUUACUACCGCUGGGUACAAUCGCGUAACAUCUUGACCAUUCCUGUUAUGCAGCGUGGGGUGGCAUUUGUCCGCUAUAACGCUGUCGCGGCGGAGAAGGACGUUUUCUCUCUGCUAGGACAUCUUCAUCAAGAAGAAGGCUCGACCGAAGACGUAAGCUUGCCUACCAAUGCCCUUUUCUAUGAUUGCGCCGUCAUUCGUCAUCCCACCCCGUCUGACACGGAUGGCAACCAUAAUGUCUCAACUGUGGCCACCUGCGAUUUCUACAACCAGAAGAUUGCUCUGUGGGAGAUUGAUGGAAUUGAUCUCACGGUGUAA